CUCUUCAGUCCUCUCAUACACCUGGCCUUGUGGUGCGAUCAGCUCUCAGCCAUGUCCAAGUCUCCCAUCACCUGUCACGUGCUCGACGCUUCACAGGGCAAGCCCGCUGCUGGAGUCGAGGUACGCCUCGAGCUUGUCAGCCUGUCAGGAGAAUCAACAGAAGGCUCAGCGAAAGUUCUCGCUUCGGGGGCGACAAACUCGGACGGCCGCUGCUCAGACCUGCUCUCGUCUGAGACGAAGCUCCAGGCUGGUGUAUACAAGAUGGUCUUUGUAACCGGACCUUACUUCAAGGCUACAGAGACUAAAACAUUUUACCCGUUUGUUGAAGUGCGGCCACUCGAUAUACCUGUCGUGUAUCAGGACUGACGCCCUCGCAGAUCACUUUCAACUACGAAGACCCUUCCCAGCACUACCACAUUCCCCUCCUUCUCAGCCCUUUCUCCUACACCACCUAUCGGGGGAGCUAAGGAAUCCUACUCCAAAUAUGUAUGCAAUAUACUUGUAACGAGACAAAUGCAUUCAUGCGCCGGAGCACAGCCGGGUAUCUCGAUAUCGUAAUAAGCAA